AUGACUUUGUUACCUGGGGAACAGCCUCAAAUUACAAAUAUAACCUCUAUGUCUUUCAAAGUGUCGGACGGUGGAAACACGACUCGAUGUGCAUGUAAACCCUGUUCGAACGAUAUAUCACAUUGCAAAGCGCCUUUGAAGCUGAAAUUAUUAAAAUCAGCCCAGAAUGGUGAACCUGGUUCGUGUUGCGAUCAGUACGAGUGCGCUCUGCGAGAAGUUUGCGGAAGCGGCUCUGCUGAAAAUGACCAGGAAGGAGCUGUCUGGAUGAAAGACGCUUGCACGCGUUGCACCUGCAGAAAUGGUUACUCUUAUUGUGAACAAAUAACGGACUGCCAUUCGCAGGACAUUGAAAUACCACAGGACGAAGAGGAUUCAGAUGGAGGCGAAGGACCCAGUGGGUGCUUUGCUUUGGGGUCCUUGAAACAAAAUGGGGACCGGUGGCAUGAAGGUCCUUGCACGGAGUGCGUUUGCGUAAGGGGGCGGAAGAAAUGCACUACUCCUAUUUGCAAGUCUGAUUGCGAAAGGCCAACAAUAACCGUCCCCGGAGAAUGUUGUCCGGUGUGUCCGCCGUCCUGCCCGGAAAUUCCGAACUGCGGCGAAGAACACGACACGGACCUGAUCUGCUCGCAGCCUGAUCUCUUCGGUUGCCACCAAUGCACCUGCAGGUAUAACAGGGUUCUGGAGCCUGCACUUCCCACCGACGAAGUGGAACAUCAUGGACCAAAGAAGGAUAUUUUGACGGAGAAACCAGAUUUCACGACUUUGGCUAUCACGAUAGUCGUCGUGAGCAGCCUGAUAGGCUGCUGUGUGGGAGUUUACUAUUUCUGCCACGCAAGAAGGAGCAGAGGUCGUCGUAUAGUGAACAACACUCAUGCAGUUUUCGACGAAAAACUGUCCUUAUUCGAUGUGAAACUGCGUCCAGCAGACGGACAGCAGAUUUACAGACAAUUGGGAACCAACCAUGUCGAUCAUGUGUGAAAUUCCUGGUGACCAGCACUAAAUAUAAGGCUCUGUUGUGUUUAGACCCAAAACGAGGUAUUGAAGAAAAAGAUUUGAUAAGAAACAGUUUGUGUGUGUUUCACGGUGAUCGAGUUCUUGUUCCUUUUAUUUAUUUUACUUUUUAUGAUUUUGUUUCGAUGGGACGAAUGUGGAAUUCGUUCACUGUGUCAGUAUGAAUAUU